CACCAUCUCCCCUCUGCUCUGCUCUGUCUGUCUCUAUAUAUAAGUGGUGGACGAACGCUUUUCAACUCAGCCAGCAAACUAACAUGCGCUGGGGAUGUAUCCACAGCCGGUGCCUGGCGGCACCGGUGUCGUCGGCGUUUUUCCCCUUUGCCACUUCUUCUCUCUUCCUCUUCCUCUUCCUCUUCCUCCUCCAUAGUGCCAUUCCGGUCGCCGGGUGGCGUCCAUGGCCAAAUCAACAAACAAACACCGUAGCCAACACCACGGCUGACCUCGAGUUCGGUGGCUCCAAGAAGUACGAGGGCUCCUCCGAGUUCGUUCACCUCAGGUACCAUAUGGGACCCGUCCUCACCAACACCAUCACCAUCCACCCUAUCUGGUAUGGCCGGUGGCAGAACUCCCAAAAGCGCAUCAUCCGUGGCUUCCUCAACUCCAUCUCCGCCGUCCAUUCCAACCACCCUUCCGUCGCCGGCUGGUGGAAAACGGUCCGGCUCUACACUGACCAGACCGGAGCCAACAUCAGCCGCCACGUCCGCCUCGGAGAAGAGAAGAACGAUCGGUUCUACUCUCACGGUAAGGUCUUCUCUCGUCUCUCUAUCCAAUCCGUCAUCAAGAGCGCCAUCACUGCCCGAACCAGACCCUUACCCAUCAACCCCAAGAGCGGUCUCUACCUGCUCCUCACCUCCGACGAUGUUCAGAUAGAUGAGUUCUGCAACCAGAUUUGUGGGUUCCAUUACUUUACUUUCCCUUCGAUCGUUGGCUAUACCUUGCCUUUCGCUUGGGUGGGCAACUCGGCCACCCAAUGCCCAGGGGUAUGCGCGUACCCUUUUGCAGUGCCGUCGUACAUUCCGGGGUUGAAGCCGGUGAGAUCACCGAACGGCGAUGUCGGUGUGGACGGGAUGAUAAGCGUGAUAGCCCAUGAGAUAGCGGAACUGUCGACGAACCCAUUAGUGAACGCGUGGUAUGCAGGGCAGGAUCCGACUUUUCCGACGGAAAUCGCCGAUCUGUGUGAGGGGAUUUACGGUACCGGAGGUGGAGGAUCGUAUACGGGGCAGAUGCUGGAGGGAGAAGACGGAGCAACUUACAACAUGAAUGGGUUGAGGAGGAGGUUCUUGGUUCAGUGGGUGUGGAACCCAGUUGUGAAUUAUUGCUCUGGACCAAAUGCACUCGAUCAGUAAUGGUGGUAGGCCAGUCCAAUAGGUACUUCUACUUACUGCAACUACUACAUACUGUAGUUAGUAAUGUUGGACUUCUAAACUCUGGGUGGUAGUGUGGUGCUCUGGUUAGUGGUGAUUCAAAUUUCAAAAACUACCACAAAAAGAGGGAAAAAAAAAAGAAAGAGAAAAAGAAGAUUAAGGAAAAGAGGGGCAAAUCUGUGUUUUCUGUUUGAGGUUCAAGGUUUAUGAGGAAUGUCUGCUUCAAUGGGGAUUAGUGUUGGGGGGGGGGGGAUGAUGUUCAGUGGGGUUAAGGAUGGGUGAGGUGUGUUAAAAAAGUUGGGUAAUAAACCUCUACUGCUUUGUACAAACAAAGAGGAUUUGGUUUCUUUUUCAUUUGUAGUUUUCGCAAUGAGGGGAUAUUUGGGUAUAGGCAAAAAAUUGUUGGUUUA